UCUGGGGGGCUGAGGACUAUAAAGAGGCCAGCCGAGUCCUGGGGCCCAUCCGGCCUGAGGCAGGUGCCCGCUUGGUCCAGUGCCCAUUUACUCCGGACUCCGGAUGGCUGCUGCACGCCACUGCCUCUCCCUGCUGCUCCUGUCCACCUGUGUGGCUCUGUUACUGGAGCCACUGCUGGGUGCCCAGGGAGCUCCGCUGGAGCCAGUGUACCCAGGGGACAAUGCCACGCCAGAGCAGAUGGCUCAGUAUGCAGCUGAUCUCCGUAGAUACAUCAACAUGCUGACCAGGCCUAGGUAUGGGAAAAGACAGAAAGAGGACAUGCUGGCCUUCUCAGAGUGGGGCUCCCCCAAUGCUGCUGGACCCUGCAGGAACUCCAGGGUCCCCCUUCCCCCUCGAUGGACCGGUCACUCCCUGCCCCCAGGCCCACAGAAGUCACUGAAGCAACAGAAAUUUGACGCCCUCCGGCGGCAGGAGCGGAGACAAGAGGCCCCGCUAUGGACAAAGCGCAUGCGCAGCGUAGCGUAG